UUUCAGAUUAUGUUGCCUUACAUUCACUUCCCAAAACGUUUUGCACCUUUGCCGCGGUACUUUGGCAUACGUCAUGAGUCAUCGACUACACCCGCACCAGGCCGUAUUUAUUCACAGAGACAGUUAUUUGAAGUGAAAAAGACUAUGAUGAGGGCUAAUAAUCCUGAAAAAUAUGCCCUAGCAUCGGAUUUCUUGGCACACCGGGCUGAUCGACCAAAAGACUACAAACCAGACGUAUCUGCAGAUCGAAUCAUCAGCCCUUCUCCACAAGAGAAAAGACUUCUCGUUCUAACUGGAAUGUACAAACGUGAGUCGGAUAUUCCGGAAUUUAUCAGUGAGGUGCGUAUUGCAAUGAUGAAGGAGCGUCUGAAUUUUAUGGUAUCAAUUUUCUGCUUGGCAACACUGAUUAUCGCAUUUUUGACGACGAUAAAGACAAUGUAUCGCACAAUGACUAUAGCAGUGGGCGAUUCUUGAAAUAUUUGUAAGAUCAUGUCAGCGAGUUGAUAGAACCUACAAUGCUGUUGUAAAAACUACUUGUUUUACGUGGUGCUUUUUUGUAUUGUCACGCAGACUUGGUAAACUAGGAAACAUAGUUUUUAAUUACUUGCUUUUUCAUUAUUUGGCCUAGAAUUUUCAAGCACAAAUCCUAGGCGGUGUUAGAAUUUUAUUGGAUUUUUGUAAUAACUGAGAUUUCUGGAUGUGCAUUUGCAAAAUUCUG